AUGGCAGCUGAAAAUUACUCUGUGAACAAUGUACAGAGCUUUAUAAUCACUGGAUUUGAUCACCUCCAGAAUCAAAAGCUCCUCGGAUUCCUCAUCUUAUUAACCUACAUGCUCAUACUGCUUGGGAAUGGAAUUAAUCUGUGUGUCAUCUCGAUUAACCGACAUUUACACAAACCAAUGUACAUAUUAAUCUGUAAUCUAGCCAUUGUUGACAUAAUAUUCUCCUCUACCUGCAGCACAACCAUGAUCUCAGUGCUGCUGGCUGAGAUUAAAACUGUUUCAUAUUACUCUUGUAUCUCAAGGACAUACUUUUAUCAUCUCGGUGAUAUCACAGUAUGCAUGGCUUUGACAUUGAUGGCAAUAGACAGACUUAUUGCCAUCAGGCUUCCAUUAAGGUACCACAGCAUUGUAACAAAUUCACGAACAUUUCUGCUUAUUUCACUGACUUGGCUCAUUUGUUUUGCUAUAAUGGGUGUUGAGAUAUCAGUGAUAGAUAGCGUCCCAUACUGUCAGCCUGUCAUCAGAUAUGUGUUCUGUGAUUAUCCUUCUAUGAUCAGAGCUGCUUGUGUUAAUCCUGAACCCUAUUUUUUCUUGCCUACAAUGAUCAAUCUUUGGUUGCUAUGUGGGCAGUUUCCCUUUAUUCUGUGUACCUAUGCUGUCCUGGCUUACAGCGUUACUAGACUCUCCAACAACUCAAACAAAAAGCAAAUGAUCAGCACCUGCUCCAGUCAUCUCAUUGUCUUGUUUAGUUAUUAUGCACCAAAGCUGGUUUCUAAUUUACUAACUCGAAUAGGAGUCGUGUUAAGCUUAACAGACAGAAACGCAAUAAUAAUCAUAGCCUCUCUUGUUCCUUCAUUAAUAAACCCCACUGUUUAUUGCACCAGGACUAAAGAGAUCAGGAAACGAUUAGCUGAUGUAUUUUUGCACAAAAGAAUUGUACCAAAUCACUUAAAGGCUGUAUCAUAA